ACUUGGUUGAUCAACAACUUGAAACAGUGAACAUCGAUGACAUCGUUGAAAAGUUAUAUAUGAUAACAUCAGCCACUUACAACACCCCAGUACCUGAGGAUUUUAUCCAAGCCACUGGAUUCUGUGAAAAAUUGGCAGAGAUAUACUACGAGGAGUGUGAAUACGAAGUACUAGGAAUGAUAAAUGGAAACUAUUUCAAGAAAUCCAAGACAGACAGUCGUGAGCGUCAAGAUGACUGUUUCUUCCCCAUAAAUGGCGGAAUUCGCACAAAACCAGUAACACGUGAAGAAAAGAGCAGAGGAAUCGUCAACAUCAAAGCAGGUUACCAAGUCAAAUUAAAAUUGUCUUUAAUGAACGGAAAUGUUGGUUUCGGUUGGAUAAGACGAAAUGCACUCUUUAGCGGGAAGAAAUGGGGGUUUUAUUUCCUGACAUCGGAAGAUUCUGCAACAACAUCAACAAUAGAUGUGUCAUCCGUAUCAUCAAACAUAGCUAUUCCAACAAUUGUAGUAACAGAUUGUUCUGACGAUUUUAAAGGACAGGGAGAUAAUCCAUGUGUAAUAGCCCAGGAAAACGACAAACACGAAAACUCACAAAAGAAAGAACAAGAAGAUGCAGUCGUAGUGCCUAUGAUCGAGAAACUUAUUGCUGAAUGUAUACACGAGAUUGAAAUGGUAGAAAGAUUAUUGGUAGUUUGAAAUGGAAAAAGAAUUAUAUG